UCAUUUCUUUUACUUACAUGCAUGCGUUGGAGAUCCGACUUAUUAACACGUUAACAUUUCGUACCUGAUAUAUCAAAUGGAACUAGCAGUAGACAUUGCUGAGUACCCGAGAAUGACACCACCGAACCCGAGGUUAGAAUCAGAAAAUGAUUCAGAUGCGAGUAGCCGAGCAGCUUCCAACGUGUGUCUGCAAGAAGCAUCCUCGGAUCCCUCAAAGGAUAGCACAGCCACUACUUCAUGCCUCACGAAUCCUGUAAAGGCUCAACCAGAUUCAGGGUCUGUUUCCCUAGACCUGACUCUCCAUUUCAGUGUCGGUGAUGCCGAGAUGAAGGGAACCGGAGAGACUAGUAGUGAGAUAGGGGUCAAUACACCGACUAUCCCUCGGGUUUUCUCUUGUAAUUAUUGCAGGCGUAAGUUUUAUAGUUCGCAGGCACUGGGUGGACAUCAGAAUGCUCAUAAGAGGGAGAGGACGAUGACAAAGCAUGCAAUGCGGAUGGGGAUAUUGUCUGAUAGGUAUACAAGCUUGGCGUCUUUGCCCCUUCAUGGUUCUACAUUUCGGUCUCUCCGGAUCAAAGCUCAUUCUGCUAUGCACUACGGAACCAUGCAAUCUCAGAGGCCUCUGGACACAAGAACUGGAGCAAGGUUCGAUCAAGCGUAUUUCGGGAUGCCGAUAUUCAUGGAAGAAGAUGACGUUGACUUCUUUUGGCCAGGGACUUUCAGGCAAGUGAAUAAAGGGGCCAGCAGCAACCAGGCUUCAGAUUACCCUCGAGAUUCUACUCGAAGUUCAAACAUAAGUUUCGUAGCAACAGCAUCACCACCAAGAACAGAUACAUCUUCGCUGGAUCUUACAUUGAAGCUCUAAUUUUCCGAAGGUUCAUUCACUUCUAGACGUGAUACUCGUUACGGCACUACUCUGUAUAAUCGAGAUGAAUUAGCAAUGGCUGCUAAGAUCAUAAGAUAACUUUUGCUA